AUGCACUUCUCACUUAUCUCCACCUUUACUGUCGUCGCUGUCAUGGCAGGCUUGAGCAUAGCUCUUCCUGUCUCCACUACGAUCGACAGUCGAAAUGCCGUGCCUGAAGAAGAAGGUAAUGGUGGUGGGCUUACCAUACCUAUCACCAUUGGGCUUCCAAUAUCAUGCUUGGGGAUAGCGGUCUGCAACCCUGUUACAGCGGAGGAAGAAAGCAAGUAG